UGCAUUUGGCAUUUUGUUCUGCGCAAAGGGAAGAUGAUUUUUGUUUGAAGACGACUAAAGACAGAACUGCUUAGCGGUGAAUGCUGCAGCUUUUUUUGUGCGUCACCUUUGUUUGUUCGUUCAAGAUGAACACAUAAGUAUAAUCUGACCGGGUAGCGGCAUUUGCUUCUGGAUUUCGCUGUCAUUCGCAAUGGAAGCUGGAGGACAAAGGCGCAAAGGGGAGUGCUGGAGGACGGUUCUCUGCUUUCUUCUGUGCUUUGGGCAGCAGAUUUCAGCUCAGAUAAGAUACUCUGUUCAAGAGGAGGUAAAAGAGGGAUCUGUUGUAGGAAAUAUCGCCAAAGAUUUGGCACUUGAUGUCAGUACUUUGAUGGACAGACGGUUCCGCAUUGUGUCUGGAUCGGAUGAAGCUCUUUUCGUGGUAAAUCAAAACAAUGGCGUUUUAUAUGUACAAAGAAAAAUUGACAGAGAGGCGCUGUGUGAUAGUAUUGGAGCAUGCUUGAUAAACUUAAAAUUAGUGGUGGAAAAUCCACUUGAGAUCCAUUAUAUUGCCGUUGAGAUAAUUGAUGUAAAUGAUCAUUCCCCAACAUUUACAGAAAAAGAAAAGCGAUUAGAAAUUUCCGAAAACACUCUUCAAGGAACUCGUUUUCAGCUGCAAGCUGCGAGUGACCCUGAUAGUGUUGUGAAUUCUGUGCGUUUGUACAAAUUAAGUCAAAACGAGCAUUUUGAUAUAGAAAUAAGGGACAGGGGAGAAGAUAAAUUGCCUUUUCUGGUUUUACAAAAGCCCCUUGACCGCGAGAAAGACGCUGAGCACAAUUUAAUUUUAACAGCAAUAGAUGGCGGCAAUCCGCAAAGAUCAGGAACAUUGAAUAUAACAAUACUUGUUCUCGAUGUGAAUGACAACCGCCCUGUAUUUAGUCAAGAUGUUUAUUCUACAACACUGCAUGAAAAUGUGAAAAUUGGAACUUUAGUAAUGAAAAUUCUGGCAAGUGAUUUUGAUGACGGUCCAAAUGGUGAAGUGUCUUACACUUUUGGAGGGGGUAACAACCAGAAUAUGUUACAUAUUUUUACCCUGGAUAGAAUAACAGGAGUAAUCCAUGUAAUAGGAGAGGUCGACUUUGAAAAGACCAAUGUUUAUAAGUUGGAUAUACAGGCAUCUGAUAAUGGGCAGCCGCCUCUGACUACAGACUGUAGAGUAAUUAUAAAAAUACAGGACAUAAAUGAUAAUGAGCCGACCAUAGAGGUGACGUCUCUAUCAAAGAUCGUGUCUGAAGACUCCAAGCCUGGUACUGUUAUCUCGCUCAUUAGUGUUACCGACAGAGACACUGGUGUGAACGGGAAAACUGUGUGCGCUCUCUCUGAAAAUAUUCCAUUUGAAUUGAAACCAUCAGUUCAGGAAAACAUGUACUCGUUAGUAACUAAAGGGAACCUGGACCGUGAAACUGUAUCACAUUAUGACAUUACAAUAACAGCAAGUGACUUGGGUCAGCCUCCACUGUCCUCAUAUAAAACUCUGAGCGUGCAGGUGUCAGAUGUUAAUGACAACCCGCCUGAAUUUAUCCUAAAUCCCAUCGAAUUAUAUAUGAUUGAAAACAACUCUGCAGGCGCGCCCAUUCUCACUCUGAGUGCUUUUGACAAAGACCUAAAUGAAAACUCUAUGAUUUCAUAUCAGAUUGUUAAAGGGAAUGGGACACAAAGUGACAUGACAUCUUUUCUUAAUAUUAAUUCUGAGACAGGCGUAAUACAUGCACUUAAAAGUUUUGAUUUUGAGACUAUCAAAACCUUUCAGUUUUACGCGCUCGCUACAGACUCUGGAUCUCCAUCUCUGAGCAGUAACGUGACAGUGAACGUGUUUAUUCUGGAUCAGAACGACAAUGUUCCAGUGAUCUUGUAUCCAGUCAGCUCUAACGGUUCUGCUGAGGGUGUGGAAGAGAUUCCCCGUAAUGUGAACGCAGGUCAUUUGGUGACUAAAGUCAGAGCCUAUGACGCAGAUAUAGGAUACAACGGCUGGUUAUUAUUUUCACUGCAGGAAGUUAGUGACCACAGUCUCUUUAGUUUGGAUCGCUAUACAGGACAGAUAAGGACCCUUCGCUCAUUCACAGAAACAGACGAGGCCCAGCAUAAACUGAUCAUUCUGGUCAAAGACAAUGGGAACGUUUCACUCUCAGCAACAGCGACUGUGAUUGUCAAAGUUGUGGAGCCAAAAGAGGCUUUUGCAGUUUCUGAUGUGAAAAACACAGUAAAAGACGAGGAGGAAAACAACAUGACAUUUUAUUUGAUCAUCACUUUGGGCUCAGUUUCAGUGCUUUUUGUCAUCAGCAUCAUCGUGUUGAUUGUAAUGCAGUGCUCUAAAUCGACAGACUAUUCGUCGAAGUAUGUGCAGGAUCCAAAUUACGACGGGACUCUGUGUCACAGCAUCCAGUACAGAUCUGGAGACAAGCGGUACAUGUUAGUUGGACCCAGAAUGAGUAUCGGCUCUACUUUAGUCGCGGGCAGUAAUGGAAAUACUCUAGUCAUACCAGAUCGCAGAAGGAGAGAUUCUGGAGAGGUAAGAAUCGUUUAUUAA